UGGAACAGAACGUGUAAUCUGGGACGGACUCUGACAUUCUGUUACACAAAUGACAGUGAUCAAAUAAUGUCCCUCUGUAUAACUUCAUAUAUGGAUUUUUUCUGGUUUGUGGAUAUGACAUCUGUAGAAACUUUGUCAAGGGAACAAUGUGAGGAUAAUAUCUCUGAUUACUGGAUCAUUAUUUGAAGUUUACCAUUUGGAGAUUUUCUCUCACCUGUGGAUAUGUGGCCACUGAGUGCUGUGAUUGUUUUACUCUGUUGUACAGGUGUUUGGUGUCAUGGAUGUAAUCUGACGGAGUUGUAUUUUCAGUCCAGGAAUUUCUACAAUGUUCUCCGAUGGGAUGAUGUUGAGAUUGCAGGUCAAAGCGCUCUCUACAGUGUCCAGUACCACAUUUAUGGAGAAACGUAUAAACCGGUGAUAUGGUGCCAGAACAUCUCUGUUCCUCAAUGUGACCUUACGAAUGUGACGACUGAUGUGGCCUCUAGAUAUUUUGCCAAGAUUACUGCCAGUGGACAGUGUCUGGGCGAAGUCAGGCACUUCACUCCUGUUGAACAAACCAUUUUGGAAAGACCACAGUUGUCAGUAACGUGGAAUGAUACAUCACUGAUGGUGAAGGUUGUACCACCGAUGGGUCCUGACAAUCUCUCCAUUGAAAAAUGUUUAGGAACACCAUCCAUUAAAUACAAAGUUAAUCUGACGCAUCCCGAGUCUGAAGCUGGAAAGGUAUUUGAGGGCACGUCUGACUCAGUGGUUAUACGGCUUGUAAAGAUGGACACACAGUAUUGUGGUGAAGUGGUCUAUUCGCUCACAGUUCCCUUUUCACUUCGACAGAGUGAAAAUGCCUCCUUUUGUGUGACUGUCUCAGCACGUAAAUCCUGGUUUCUCAUAAUUCUACCUCCUGGUCUGCUGGCUCUUCUCCUGCUGAUCGUCAUUCUCAUAGUGCUCUGCCAGCAAUCUGUGAAAAGAAAGCAUUCCUUGCCGAAAGCCUUGAUGCUGCCAAAGAUCAACACUCAGCUGUUUUGUUCACAUACCUGGGACGACAUAUCCAAAGUGCAGGUGUGGUCGGGAUUUUGCGAUAUCAGCCAAAAGCUUCCACAAGCCUCUAUUCCUCAGGAGAGGUCAGAGGUCAUGUAUAAUUGUACUGGUUAUGCAUCUCAAGACUCUCAUGACCCUGAGUGGAAGAGUGACUCUGUUGGCAGUCAACAGGAAAUGACAAGCGACAUCUCCGAGCCUUCUGUCAUCUACAGCAUGGUCGUGGGUCGUUCAGAUGUCCAGAUCUCGGAUAAUCCACCAACUGACGGCAGGAUUGAUGAGACCAGCUCGAAAUUAUCUGGACUACAGUCGGUUUGGGUUGAAGGGACCAAUGUUUCAGUGGACCGAAAGCUUACAGACUCUGAUACCAACAACAAGCCCCUGGUGGUGCCGGUUACACCUGGUUCUAAUGGUACAUUGCAGCUGCACGAAUUUCUCUUCCAGAGUUCUCUGUUACUAGCUCAUGAGACUUUACAUGGAGAAAGGAAACCUUUACUAACGGAUCUAGUUAUAGAGGACUCGAGGAGUAAUGUAGCUUACCCGCCUGUACAUGUUUCUGAGAUCUCUGUUGGCCUUUCCUCGAGUUUCUCAUGUGAGACGUCAAACUACAGGGAGAACUGUCUGCCAGGUAUGUCUUUGAAAAGACAUCAAGACCAGAGGACGUAUAUUCUAAGGACUGAUCUCCUUGAGAGUUCGACUGAACCAGAAGAAGAGGAGAACAUAGGAGAUGGAGAAGAAUCAAGAGUUGGUUUGAUCUCUCUGGACAGAUGGAUGUUGCAAAUGCAAGGAUGAUCUUUGUCUUAACUCGAAAAUGGGGAGUUCCUCUAAACUGAGCAUUGCUGGUCACUUGCAUUUGUUGUGGAAGCUGGUUUCCAGCAUGGGAUGCUGGUAUGCUGUUGUUAGCAACCUGGCUUCUUAGCUAGCUUGAUCGGCAAGACGUCCUUGUUCAGGCCAUGCUGGCUGACUAGCGUUUUUCGCUGGUGACUAGCACUAACCAGCAUAAACCAGUCUGGACCAGCAUGGAUGCUCUAUCUAAUGCAGUUCUUCAGUGUUUCCUGGAUCAGGCAUUAAGACUUCUUUUCCAAAAGACUAUUUCAACUGAAAUUUGUUGCCUAUCGUAAGGAUGAAAAAAAAAACUUGAAUAAUGCUGUUCCCCCAACUGAAUGGAUGGUUGUCAUUGUACAUGUUAUAUGAUGUAUGUAAAUAGCCACUUUUAUUUGUUAUAUUGUUUGUGCACUUUGACUGAAACUAAGCUGUAGCAUUGCCAUGUUCACAAGUGUUCACCUGCUGUUCCAAUUUUUUAUUUUAACUUAUUUGAUCAUUAAAUCCAUUCACGAGUUGUAAUUCAUGAAAUUUCAUUAUGUUGGCUUGGCAAAACCAACAUACUGUUGUUCUACAGACUUGGUUUAGCAUUCUCUGAAAAUCUCUAAACAAAGAAUAGCAUUUUGGACUGUUAGUCAUCCUAGAGCUUUCAAGCUACAUCCACCAACUUGGCACAGACCUUCAGACCUUCAGAUGUUCUGACUCAGGUUGCUAUGACUUUUCGAACUGAUCGGAAUUACGUUUUUUACACAGUGGACGAUCAAAAAUCCCCCAAAUCCAAUAGACUUGCACUGAAGGAAUGUUCAAACAGGCCAAGACCAUUCAAACUCCAAUUCAUUUUGACUUAAAUUUAACAGUAACAUUGAUGGGUUUGACAGUAUUUGUACAUUAUAUUUAAUUUACAGCUCAAAAUAACCAUACAAAGGAUUUCAGACUUGAGAUGCAUGUCUUUAAGAACUCAUAAUAAACAUGAGCGCACAAUGCCAGCAGUUUCCAUGCUCAGGAAUUUGCAUAUCAGACAAAAGAUUCUCAUGUUUCUUUUACUUUCUAGCAAUGAGGAAGUCCUGAAAUGUAUUUUGUACUGCACCGCUGGUCUCAAAAUAACAGAAAAGGCUCAUUGUUAUAGGAAAA